CCUUUAUUCUCACAAAAUCCUAACUCUCCUUCUUCCCCAAUUCUUCAGCUUCGAACUUCAGCGCACACAACCACGCCGCCAUGUUUCUGCCUAGAAUUUGUUCGAAUUCUUCAUCUAAAUUCUCCACUUUUUCCAUCGCCUCUCCACAUUAUCAAUCAUUUCUUCUACCCAUUUUUCAUUUUGAUAAUGCCAGCUGCCAAAUGAGGAGACACUUCUCCGCCUAUCAUAGAUUCGAUUUUGAAUCUAUACGUGAGCCCAAUGAUGCCGUCGCUCUAUUUCGGGAUAUGAUGAGAACGGAGCCGCUUCCUUCUAUUACUGUUUUCACGAAAUUGCUGAGUACUGUGGUGAAGCUGAAACAAUACUCUGCUGCACUUCAUCUGUACGAAAAAAUGCUUCAAAGGGAUGCUCCUGUAAAUCACUACACGUUGAGUAUUGCGAUUGAUUGCUAUUACCGACUCAAAAGGCCUGAUUUUGGGUUUGCGAUCUUAGGCAGUUUUUUCAAGCGUGGGUUCGAGCCUACCGUGGUGACCUUGAACACUCUCGUGAAAGGCCUUCUGUUUGUUGAAAGGAUCCCAGAGGCAGCUAAAUUGUUGGGGAAGCUGUCGGCCUACCAACUGUGCGAGCCCGACGAGUAUACCUAUAGUACUAUAAUUAAUGGGUUAUGCAAAGCUGGAGAUAUUCUACAGGCGAUUGAUUUGCUCUGCUCAUUGGAAAAAGGAAGAGGGAGCUGCAAACCCGAUGUGUAUGCUUACACUACAGUCAUUGAUAGUCUAUGUAAAGAUGGAAAGAUGGAAGAAGCUCUCCAACUCUUCUCCACUUUGGGUGAUAAGGGGAUUUCACCGAAUGUCGUGACAUAUAAUUCAAUAAUUGAGGGGUUAUGCAAAAGGAGAAGAAUGGAUGAGGCUGAAGACAUGUUAAAGAAGAUGAUAGCUGAUGUGGUCUAUCCAAAUGUGGUGACGUGUAAUAUCUUUGUGGAUGCUUGGUGCAAAGAUGGAAAGGUCGAAGAGGCAGAGCAUAUGUUGGUGUUUAUGAAGGAGCUUGAUGUUCAGCCCAACAUUGUCACAUACAAUGCAUUGAUUAACGGAUAUUGUUUGCAAGGGAAAAUGGACGAAGCUGAACGCAUUUUCCAAUUGGCAUUGAGCUCUGAAAUGAAGCCCGAUAUCAUAAGCUACUGUACAUUGAUGAACGGGUAUUGCAAAAAGGGGCGAGUCAAUGAAGUUUCACAUCUUUUUACCAUAAUUCCCUACAAAAGGUUAAAGCGCGAUGUGGUUUCUUAUAACAUAAUGCUAGAGGCCUUAUUUCGUGAAGGCAAAUGUGAAGACGGGUUGAAGCUUUUUAAAGAGAUGGAAGCUCUACAAGUGUCUCCGAAUAUAAAGACUUACAAUGUCUUGCUGGAUGGUUUGUGCGGAGCUCAUCGUAUUGUUGAUGCAUUUUCGGUGUUGCAUACCAUGGAAGAUAAAGGCAUUAUUCCGAACAUUGUAACAUACAGUAUUCUGAUUGAAGGAUUGUGUAAUGACAACAAUGUUAGACAAGCAAAGGAUUUGUUCGACGAGCUUCCAUCCAAAGGUUUGCAGCCUAAUGUCAUAGCAUACAAUAUUCUCAUUGGUGCACUUUGCAAAGGAGGGCAGAUGGAGGAGGCUAAGGAUCUUUUUGACGAGCUUCCAUCUAAAGGUAUGCAGCCGAACGUAGUAACAUAUAAUAUUCUCAUUGGUGCACUUUGCAAAGAAGGGCAUAUAGAGGAGGCUAAAGAUCUGUUCCGUGAGGUCCUAUCCAAGGGUUUGCAGCCUGGCGUCAUAACUUAUACAAUCCUUAUCGGUGCACUUUGUGAGCAAGGGCAGAUAGAGGAGGCUAAAGAUCUGUUCCAUGAGCUCCUAUCCAAGGGCUUGCAGCCUGACGUCAUAACUUAUACAAUCCUUAUCGGUGCACUUUGUGAGCAAGGGCAGAUAGAGGAGGCUAAGGAUUUGAUGGCACAAAUGGUAAACAACGGUUGCUUGCCUGAUAGUGUAACAUACAAUGUUUUUGUUCGAGGUCUUCUCAAAAUGAACAAGAUGCAUGAUGCAAUGCAACUGUUGGAAGAGAUGGAUUUAAGGGGAUGCACACUUGACAAAACUGCAUAUUCGAUGUUGAUUGAACCUGUGAAAAGGCAAGGUAAAGAUAGUGUUCUGUUUAAUAAGGUUAUGAAACUCGUACCAAAGGACUUCUAUUCUAUGAGAUUUGAACUCGAGACCCUCCAAUACCUCCUGUGGUGUCAAAAUCUGAGAUUGAAUCCCUUUGCUCAACUUGAUAACCAACAGCAGAGAAUUCCCAACACCAGCAAAUUGCAUCUAAUCUACGAUGAUGAAUUGCUUGACUGGAAUGAUGUAACAAUCAUCGGUUCUUUGCCCCAAUUAGAAGCUCUCAAAAUAAUCAAUUCCGUCAAGGGACAGAAGUGGAGUUUGGUUAACGGGGAGUUUCUCCGCCUUAGAUUCUUGAGCAUUGUCAAAUGUGAUCUGAGAUGUUGGGAUGCAGACGGCUCCCAUUUCCCAGUUUUGAAGAAGCUUAGGCUUAAGGGAUUGAAACACUUGGAAGAGAUCCCUUUAGAUAUUGGAGAAAUUCCGACACUUGAAGUUAUCAGUGUGGAUGGAUGCAGUGAGCCUGCUCAAAUUUCGGCAAUGAAAAUAAAGGAAGAAGAAGAGAGUGUAGAAUAUGAGGGCCUUCAAAUGAUGAGCCAUCCUCGCCUUUCAACUGUAUUCGACAAGAAACAGAUUGAAUCCCUUGGGGGAAAGGCUGAUGGCUUGCUCGACUUGAUAACCGACACUACUAUUGAUGGAGGUAGCAGAGAAGCAUCAGAUCUGGAGAGACAAAUCGGAUCUGCAGCUCACGGAGCUGAAGAUGUGAUUGAAUCACACAUUGUCGAUCAAAUUCAUGCUGGAUCCAGUCAUGGAUGCUCGAUAUUGGAUCUGCAACAAAUAAUUGAAGAAAUGGAUGGUAUCAUGAGAAAGGGUGCUGAGCUCAAGGAGAAAUGGCUAGCGAGAGAGGAGCAAGCUACACAUGGUGACGUGGAUGCUGUGGAGGAGAAACAACCUCUCACCACCACAUCAUGGAGAAGCUCACCAUACAUCAACCCGAGCAGCAUAUCAUCUCGAUUGUGGGGAUGGGCGGCACGGUGCACAAGAAAUCUUUUCAAUGAUUUAGGGCUAAAGUUGCAUCACAGUUUAUGUGGUAGAAGAUAUCUUGUAUUAGAUGACAUAUGGAGUGUGGAAGCUUGGGAUGAGGUUAGGUGUUACUUUCCCGAUAAUGGGAAUGGAAGUCGGAUCGUUUUAACUACUAGGUUGUCGGAUGUGGCUAGUGGUUGUGGCUCUAGUUCUUGCUUCAACAUGAAACCUUUAGAUGAGGAUCAAAGUUGGGUGUUGUUUUGCAGAAACGCUUUCCAGCAAGAGCAUUGCUCUUAUCCUCAACUAGAAAGUGUGGGAAAUGAGAUUGUUACAUUGUGCAGAGGAGUACCCUUGUCAAUUGUUGUGAUUGGAGGGUUUCUUCUCAAAUCCCCUAGGGCUGUAGCAUUCUGGGAGGAUGUUGCCAAGAAUAUAAAAUCAAUCCCCAAUUCAAAAGAGAAGCAAGAGAUCUUAGAUGUUUUAUCUUUAAGCUAUAAUCACUUUCCCCCUCAUCUGAAUCCAUGUUUUCUUUAUAUGGGAAUUUUGAGGAGGACAGUGAGAUUCGUGCAUCACGAAUCAUCAAACUUUGGAUAUCGAUAUAAUGGGAAGAUUAGGUCUUGUCGACUUCAUGAUCUGAUAAGAGAUUUGUGCUUGAAAGUAUCUGAGAAAGACAAGUUCUAUGCCAAAAGGGCACUCAACAACAUGACUAAGGAGCGUCGCUUCAUAUGUCAUGACUUCAUCGAGAGUUCUGAUGGUCUGAAGUCAGCGCAGCUUCUUCGUUCUCUGGUAUGCAGAGGGUCGAAGCUGCCGGUUGUGUUUAAGUUGUUGAGGGUUUUGACUGUGGCUGGCGACUGUUCCGCGGAGGAUGUAAUGCAGAACUUGAACCUGCGGUGCCUUACUUUCCUACCUUUGGAACCUGCAAACAUUGACAAAAAAACAAUACAUAAUCCGCAAAAUCUGAAUCUAGGAUUAGGAGUUAAUAAAGUCCUAUUCUAUAGGAAUAGUUUUGCCUAUUUUAUUGUUUUCUGUUGUGUUUUUCUUUGCAAAGCCUAUUUAACACCAACACCCACUUUGUUUUUUUUUCAUUCAACUUACCUGCUUUUGCACUUAGCAAUCUCUCAAAAAAGAGUGAGAAUGAGUCGGAAUCACGCUGCCAUGAUUUUGGGAAGAAUUAUCUCCAAUUCUUCUUUCAAUUCAUCCACUCUCCCCAUUGCUUCUCUACACUCGUUUCUUGUCCUACCAAGAUUCAAUUUUUAUAAUCUCAGCCACCAAAUUAGAUACUUCUCCGCCAAACCCAGAUUCAGUCUUGAUAAUCUCACCCACCAAAUUAGAUACUUCUGCCCCUAUCCCAGAUUUAAUCUUGAUAAUCUCACCCACCAAAUUAGAUACUUCUCCGCCUAUCCCAGAUUCGAUUUUGAAUCUAUACGUGAGCCCAAUGAUGCCGUCGCUCUAUUUCGGGAUAUGAUGAGAACGGAGCCACUUCCUUCUGUUAAGCUUUUCUCGAGAUUGCUGAGUGCUGUGGUGAAGCUGAAACAAUACUCUGCUGCACUUCAUCUGUUCGACAAAAUGCUUCAAAGCGAUGCUCCCGUAAAUCACUACACGUUGAGUAUUGCGAUUGAUUGCUAUUGCCGACUCAAAAGGCCUGAUUUUGGGUUUGCGAUCUUAGGCAGUUUUUUCAAGCGUGGGUUUGAGCCUACUGUGGUAACCUUUACUACUCUCAUCAAAGGGUUACUGUUGAUUGAAAGGAUCCCAGAGGUUGCUAAAUUGUUGGGGAAGCUGUCGGCCUACCAACUGUGCGAGCCCAAUGAGUAUACGUAUAAUACUAUAAUUAAUGGGUUAUGCAAAGCUGGAGAUAUUCUACAAGCGAUUGAUUUGCUCUGCUCAUUGGAAAAAGGAAAAGGGAGCUGCAAACCCGAUGUCUAUGCUUACAACAUAGUCAUUGAUGGUCUAUGCAAAGAACGAAAGGUGGACGAAGCCCUCCAACUCUUCUUCACUUUGGGUGAUAGGGGGAUUUCACCGAAUGUCGUGACAUAUAAUUCAAUAAUGGAGGGGUUAUGCAAGAUGAGAAGAAUGAACGAAGCUGAAGACGUUUUGAAGAAGAUGAUGGCUGAUCUGGUCUGCCCAAAUGUAGUGACGUGUAGUAUCUUUGUUGAUGCUUGUUGCAGAGAUGGAAAGGUGGAAGAGGCCGAGCAUAUGUUGGUGUCUAUGAAGGAGAUUGACGUUCAACCCAACAUUGUCACAUACAAUGCAUUGAUUAAGAUAUGUUUGCAAGGGAAAAUGGAUGAAGCUGAACGCAUUUUCCAAUUGGCAGUGAGCUCUGGAAUGAAGCCUGAUAUCAUAAGCUACAGUAGCUUGAUGAACGGGUAUUGCAAAAUGGGGCAAGUCGAUGAAGUUUCACGUCUUUUUACCAUAAUUCCUGCUCUAAGAUUAAAGCACGAUGUGGUUUCUUAUACCAUAAUGCUAGAGGCCUUAUUUCGUGAAGGCAAAUGUGAAGAUGGCUUGAAGCUGUUCAAUGAGAUGGAAGCUCUACAAGUGUCUCCGAAUAUAAGGACUUAUAAUACCUUGUUGGAUGGUUUGUGCGGAGCUCAUCGUAUUGCUGAAGCUUUUCCGGUGUUGCAUACCAUGGAAGAUAAAGGCAUCAUUCCAGAUAUAGUAACAUACAAUAUUCUCAUUGAGGGAUUGUGCAACGACAACAAAGUCAAAGAAGCAAAAUGUAUGUUCCACGAUCUUCCAUCCAAAGGUUUGCAGCCUGAUGUCGUAACAUAUAGUAUCCUCAUUGGUGCACUUUGCAAAGAAGGGCAGAUAGAGGAGGCUAAAUAUCUGUUCCACGUGCUCCUAUCAAAGGGUUUGCAGCCUGACGUCAUAACUUAUACGAUCCUUAUCGGUGCACUUUGCGAGGAAGGGCAGAUAGAGGAGGCAAAGGUUUUGAUGACGCAAAUGGUAAGCAGCGGUUGCUUGCCUAAUAGUGUAACAUACAAUGUUUUUGUUCGAGGUCUUCUCAAAAUGAACAAGAUGCUUGAUGCAAUGCCACUGUUGGAAGAGAUGGAUUCAAGGGGAUUCACACUUGACAAAACUGCAUAUUCGAUGUUUAUUGAAACUGUGAAAUGGGAAGGUAAAGAUAGCGUUCUGUUUAAUAAGGUUAAGAAACUCAUACCAAAGGACUUCUAUUCUAAUUAGGUUUUAUGUUGUGUUUGAAGGUCAAGAAUUAUUGCAAUAGAGAUUAAGGGGAAAGUACAAUUGUUUAUUUGUUUAUUUAAUCUUUAUGUUAUGAUGAUUUAAAAUGUUUCAA